AUGUCGUCAACGACGCCGAGAAUCCCUGAAAACGCUCUGGGAAACGUUGCCAGCGGGAAUAGCCGUUUCGGGUCGCCCACAACACACCUGCUUUACUCGCAUCCUUCAAAUGCAAACUUGUCUCAUCUUGAUAGCGCCGAGGGCACCUCCAUGUCCAAACUGGACUCCAAAUCGUAUGACGAGCAGAUCAACAACAUUUCCAGUGGUGGCAACAUCGACUUGAAAACGGUCAACAAGCACCUUGUGCCUCAUGAGGACACGCUCAAGAUGCAAGGUGGUGAUGUUGCUAGGUAUAUGUAUCAUCAGCUCGAGAACGCCAGCAAGGGCGAGGUGGGGGACAAAAGAAGAACAAGAAGCUCUUCUUUUUCUAAUUUUGAGGCUGAUUCCCGUAGAGAGUCAAUGGCCAGCGAUAUCAAUGUGCCGGGUGGAUUUCGAAGAGAGUUCCUUAUCAACCGCUCAUUGCAGAGAAACCUGACGCCCCCAAACUUCCUCACACGUAACUUCGUGGAGUUUUUGAGCAUCUACGGCCAUUUUACCGGCGAAGAUUUCAGUGACGAUGAAGGUGAGGACGAGACCGACGACGAAUCCGCUUCAGUAUCCUUUCCUGAAGUGUUUGACGAGGAGCUGCUGCUUCUAGCAGAGAGAAGGAUCCCGCCUCCACCUAAACACCGCAAGAAGAAGCCCAAGCUGGAGAAAAAGGGUACAGCUUCGCUGGCGAAAACUUUUUUCUUGGUAUUCAAGGCUCUAGUGGGGUCUGGAAUCUUGUUUCUUCCGGGCGCUUUCAGCAAUGGAGGAUUACUCUUUUCUACCGUUACUCUCACAGGCUUUGGUGUUUUGACAUUCUUGUGCUACAUAGUGUUGAUUCAGAGCAAGCAAAUGUUCCACAAGUCGUCGUUUGGUGAGUUGGGCUACAUCACUUACGGAAAACCAUUGAAAUACUCGAUCAUGGUAUCGAUCAUUAUCUCGCAGAUUGGAUUUGUGGCUACCUAUGUCCUCUUCACUGCAGAGAACAUGACGUCGUUUUUGGAGAACGUCGCACAUGUACAUGUGGAAAAAUCGACAGUGGUAAUUGUCCAGUGCCUUCUCUUGAUCCCAUUGGUACUCAUCCGUGACUUGACAAAGCUCUCAUUCACCUCGCUUAUAUCAUCCACUUUUAUCGUGAUUGGCUUGGUAAUAAUCUUCUACUUCUCAGGAAAUCAGUUGGCUACUGAAGGUCUUGGACCCAACAUCGUUCAAUUUGACUCCAAGAACUGGUCCAUGAUGAUUGGUGUGGCGGUAACGUCGUUCGAAGGCAUCGGCCUCAUUUUGCCUAUCCAGUCAUCUAUGGCACACCCAGAAAAGUUUCCAACAGUCUUGGCUGUAAGUAUGCUUGUGAUAACAACGUUGUUUGUCAGCGUGGGCGUCAUUGGCUACUCUGCUUUCGGCGAGAAGGUUAAGUCUAUCAUCAUAUUAAACUUGCCUCAAGGCAACCUUUCUGUGCAACUGAUUUUGGUGCUCUACUCGGUAGCCGUCUUUCUUACCGGUCCCUUGCAACUAUUUCCAGCAAUAAAAAUCGGCGAGUCCGUUAUUUUCAACUCUCGCUUAUUUUUACUGGAAGAACAGAGAAGGUCCUACAGUGAUGAAGGAAAAUUAUACCACACUUCGGGUAAGUACAACCCUCACAUCAAGUGGUUGAAGAAUGUGUUCAGGGCCUUGGCGGUUGUACUCAUUUCUGUGAUCUCGUACCUCAAUGCAGAAAACAUCGAGAAAUUUGUCAGUUUCAAUGGGUGCUUUGCCUGUAUUCCUCUUGUCUACAUCUACCCACCAAUGAUCCACUUGAAGACUUUCACCGAUAAGCCACCCACGUUAAAAAACAAGUUGAUCAAAACAUUCGAUUGGCUGUUGAUCGUCGUUGGGAUUGUUGUGGUCAUCUACACAACCAGGCAGAUUCUCUUUGCCAUUUAA